ACUUACAGAUUCCAAAGAAGACCCAGUACUACUCUGUCCAGUCAAAUUACUUGUUUCCAGUGAUACAUCAGGCUUACAAGGAACAUCAACAGAACCUAAUACAGCGGAUCAUGCAAUUGAAGGCGGAAGGCAAACCGGUCGAACUGUGUGGAGAUGCCAGAUCUGAUUCACCAGGCCACAGUUGCAAAUACUCCACAUACUCGUUCCAGCUUCUCUCCACUGCUGAGAUUAUUCAUUUUGAAUUACUACAGGUGACUGAAGCCAGCAGUUCGGUUGCCAUGGAGUCAGAAGGUUUUAGAAGGGGUCUCAAUGAGCUGCUGUAUAAGGAGGGACUGGACAUUGACCUCAUCGCCACAGACCGGUCCCCAUCAGUAAGAAAAAUUAUGCGAGAGGAAUUUCACCAGAUCCACCACGAGUUUGAUCCUUGGCAUGUAGCUAAAGGCAUAAAGAAAAAACUUGUGCCGCUUUCAAACAAAAAGGACAACCGUGAUCUACAGGGCUGGAUACGCUCGAUGAUAAACCAUUUUUGGUUUUCGUGCGCCACUUGCGGUGGGAGUGCAGAGCAACUGACACAACGGUGGACUUCACUUCUCCAUCACGUCUGUGGGGAGAAUGAAUGGGAUGAAGAUGGUGAAAAAAAGACAUGUUUCCACGCCCCACUAAGCCUAGAUGAGCAACUGAGGAAACGCUGGCUCCAACCACAGUCCCAGGUUUUCAAGGGUCUACAGGCAAUUGUCGAGGACAAAAGACUUUUGAAAGAUCUACAGCAGUUGACACAGUUUAAACAUACUGGGGCUCUGGAGGUGUUUCACAAUGCCAUGCUGAAGUACUUGCCCAAAAGACUGCAUUUUGCAUAUGAGACGAUGGUUGCUCGAACAAAACUGGCCAUCAUGGACAACAACUUUAACGUUGGCAGAGAGCAGGCAGUGACUGCACAAGGAACUCCAAGAUACAGUCUUUCAUUUAAAAAACAGAGCAAGGACUGGAUAGUCAGGAAAAUCUAUGAGCCAACCAGUCAGACCUUCACCAACAGCCUUGUGGAACGUGUGUUGGACAGAAGGCAGAACCAAACAGCUGAUGACCGACCACAUUUUCAGCAGCCUCCAAAUAUUGCUUAUAAGCCGAGACCCCUUAAAGAGGAUGCCAUUCAGAAGCACCGAAGUAGAUUUCCUGAACAGUCUGACAGUUAAAAUCUGCAGGAUCUACACUGAGGGCAAUUGUGCAGGGUAUUUGUAAUUGUCAGCAAAAUUAUGUAAAUAGUUCAAGAGUUGGCUAACUGUGAAGUGUUCAUAUUUUUUAUAAGAAAUACUGUAAGUGUUGUAUAAAAAAACUUUUAUUUUAACAAACUGUGUUGCAUAUUUUUAAGAAAUGCAAAACUUUUUUUAUAAAAAACAAGAACUUUUAUUUUAACAUACAGUGUUUUGUGGUUUAUACACUACAUUCUGAACAGGGGGUAUGUGGAAACUGGAU